AUGGGUCUUUUCCGCUCCUACUUUGCCUUACGACUUCUGACGCUGCUUCCCUCAUUCUACUUCACUGCGGCCUACGGCCGCGGCAAACCCUUCGCGGACAGCUAUGGCAUCAGGGUGAACACCCACACCCACUAUGAUCCUAAUAUUGGAGUAGCGACAUCGGACGACACGACAUAUACGGUGGACAUCACGCUCGGAGGACAGAACUUCACCGUCUUGCUCGAUACCGGAUCCACAGAUUUAUGGGUCAACAGCAGAGGGCUCGAACUUACCCUUGCCAACACCACCGACCUUGCCAUGACUGAGCUAUAUGGAAGAGGAGAAGUGCACGGGACUCUUCAGUUUGCCGAGCUGAGGGUCGGAGAUUACGUCGUUCCUUCGCAGGCAUUUGUCAAUGCCACGCAGGUGUUGGACUUCGGUGUCGCUGUGGAUGGUAUCAUGGGGAUGGCUUUCGACGUCUCCUUCAUCUUCGCCGGUAUCUCCACUGCUUGGGGUCGGGAGAGUGCGAGCACUCUUGGUCGCUCGUUCAUCACCAAUCUCUUCGCAGAAAACUUAUCGCUUCCUAACAACUUCGACGUCUCACUUGGUCGCGAGGACGCCGUGGAAGAUGGUUCCGGCACCUUCGUCAUCAGCGGUCAUGCACCUUCCUUCGUCGACGUUACAGAGGCUCCUAAGCUUCCACGUAUCGGAACAGAUCGAUGGACGUUCGCUGUGGAUGAGAUGAGGGUCAAUGGCGAAAGUGUCCCCUUCAACAAGUCGUCCGUGGCAGCUUCACCUGACGGAAAACUUGUCGCUCUCCUCGAUACCGGCUUUUCUUUCCCUCCACUCCCACGUGCCGCUGUCGAUGCCAUCUAUAAUACUAUUCCGGGCUCGGUUUUCUCGGUGGCCAACAAUGGUUAUUACGUGCCCUGCAACUCGACCACCAUGGUCUCCUUCUUUCUCGGCGGCCAAGAGUUCCCUGUUCACCCCCUAGAUCUCACUUUCCCCUUCGUUGGAACGUUACCUAGCAAGGGUGGUGUGGAGACCAGCGUCACUCUCUGCUUAGGCACGUACCAGCCUAUCACCCUGGAUCCCACCGCCUUCGCUGGCUUCGACCUCGCCCUCGGUGACGCUUUCCUCCGGAACGUUUAUGCGUCGUUCGAUUAUGGCGACUUCAAUCCAUGGACAGAGACCCAGGGAACUCCCUUCGUGCAGAUGGUUCCCACGACCGACUCCAGAACCGCGGUAGCAGAGUUCUUCGACGAGCGGGGAGCCACGCUUGCUGGCCUUCCACCGACGAUCGAUCCCGCCGAAUACUUCCGCCUGUGGGCCGCUGCCUCCUCUGCCUCCGCCUCUUCCGACUCGGAAUCUGAAGACAUUGCAGUCAGCGGCGCACUGUCUGCGGACGACGAUAACGGCAGUUCGCCCUCUGGUUGGAAUAAAACGUUCCGCACCGCAGUUCUUGCACUGCUUGGAGCGAACUUGGCGGUCGGACUCGCAUUGUUGGGCGUUACCGUUACUAUGUGCGUGCGGGCGAGGAAGGGCCGGAGUGUUGGCUCGCGGUACGUGCCGGUUCGGUUCAAAGAGGCGGAAGCUACGGGACGGGACGCGGAGUACGGCGCGCCUCGAUACGGCUCGGAUUGA